AGAGAGGAGGAGAACAUUCGGAAUAUCUCUUAUGAGACUGGUCGUGCUCUCCUGCUCGGACAUGUGGUGUACUCAGUAGCAGCAGCAGUAGCAGCAGCAGUUGUAGUAGUAGCACAGGCUGUAGGCUACAGUAGCAGCAAUAGCAUCAGCAGCAGCGGCUGUGGUUGUGGUGGCGGCGCCUACAUGGUGCAGAGACUAUUACAGCGCGUCUUCUGGGGCUUCUUUUGUCUUUAAUUCCCCCCGUUUUCUGUGCCCUUCCUUCGGUAAUGAGCUUGCUGGGGGCCUACAAGAAAAAGACCAGUUACGAUGGCUAUGAAUCUUUGCAGUUGGUCGAUAGCCCUGGAGAAAGCUUCAGUGUCGGCAGAGGCGGCAGCAGCAGCGGCAGUGGUAGCGGCAGCGGCAACAGCGGCAGCAGCAGCGGUGCACACGGAGCCUCCACAGCUGCGAACAACAACCUGCAGGGAGCGAAGAUAGGCCCGCUGAGAGAGGAAGACUGCAGCACCAUGGACAGCUCAGAUAUGGAUGCAAAUUACGGAGGAGGACUGUUUGAUAUGGUGAAAGGAGGAGCUGGGAAGUUCUUCAGCAACUUCAAGGACAACCUGAAGGACACGCUGAAGGACACAUCGACCAAGGUCAUGCAUCAGGUUGCCACGUACACAAAAGGGGAGCUGGACAUUGCCUACAUCACAUCGCGCAUCAUAGUCAUGACAUAUCCAGCGGAGUCGGUGCAGAUUGGCUAUCAGAACCACAUUGAGGACAUGCGCUCCUUCCUCGACAGUCGCCAUGCCGACCAUUACACUGUUUUCAACCUGUCCCAGCGCAACUACCGUGGCGCCAAAUUCUCCAACAGGGUUUCAGAGUGUAAUUGGCCUUCCCGCCAGGCUCCCAGCCUCCACAACCUCUUUGCUGUGUGUAAGAACAUGCACAAUUGGCUCAAACAGAAUCCCAAGAACGUGUGUGUCAUCACCUGUUCGGAUGGUCGCGCUCCCUCGGGUGUUUUGGUCUGUGCCAUGUUCUGCUUCUGCCACCUCUUCAACAACCCAGUUCCUGCCAUGCAGCUGCUCAGCGCCAAGAGACCCGGUUCUGGCCUCUGGCCCUCACACCGCAGGUACAUCGGCUAUGUGUGUAGUAUGGUGUCAGAGAAGCCCAGUCUGCCCCACUCUAAGCCCCUGGUGAUCAAGUCCCUCACCAUGAGUCCAGUUCCCUGCUUCAACAAGCAGCGCAGUGGCUGUCGGCCCUUCUGUGACGUCCUCAUUGGAGAGACAAAGAUCUUCACCACUGCACAGGAGUAUGAGAGGAUGAGAGAGCACAGGGUCCAAGAUGCCAAGGUGGUUUUCCCUCUGGGCGUCAGUGUGCAAGGCGACGUCGUGGUUUCGGUCUACCACAUGCGGUCGACCAUCGGAGGACGUCUGCAGGCUAAGGUGUCCAACACUCAGAUCUUCCAGAUUCAGUUCCACACUGGCUUCAUUGCCCCUGGUACCACCGUGCUAAAGUUUAACAAGCCAGAGCUUGAUGCAUGUGACUCUCCUGAGAAGUAUCCCCAGCUGUUCCAUGUGAUGCUGGACAUGGAGGUAGAGGGUGUGGACAAGCAGAAAGACCUGACGCCACCGUGGGAGCAGUUUCCCUGUAAAGACCUCAGUCCUAGCGUGCUGUUCUCCUGCCACCAGGAACAUCAGGAUGCACUGGCUGUUGCUGAGCCAAGCAUGCCCCGCACAGGUGCACACGGCCGGGGUCACUGCGAAGAAAGCGAGCCCUCUGACGACGAGAUGCUGUCUCUCUCCAGCCAGCGCAGCAGUGUGAGCACAGCCUCCCAUAAACCCGACCUGCCUGCUGCAGCACCAGCGCCACCUCCACCUGCCGGGGAAGUGGAUCUGCUUGGCCUGGACGGGGAGGAGAUCAAGCACCCACACGCUUCACCACAGCUCCCGUCUGCUGCAGCCACAGCCACUGACCUUCUCGGGGACUUGUUUGGGGCCACAGCUCAGCCAGCCAGUGGGCCGUCAUCCUCUCAGUCCACACCACACAAAGUAGUGCCCAACACUGCUUCACCAUGUCACUCUCCUGCACCAGCAUUUGACCCCUUUGGGACAGGUCCAAUGUCUAAGCCUCAGGACAUGAUGGGCUCAUUUCUUGGACCAGGUAAUGUUGGGCAGCCAGACCCCUUUCUGCAUGCUGCUCGCUCUCCCUCACCCACCCUGCAGCCCACAAGCCUCGGCCGCAGUUCCCCUGUUCCACCCUCCACCCCAACCGUCAACAUUCAGCAGCAAAACGCCAUGGGAGGAUGGGACUGGAACAGACCUGCUAACACUGGCGCAGGAGGCUUUGGUGUGGGCAGCCGGUCAGCCACAACCAGCCCCACAGGCUCAGUCCACAGCACCCCCACCCACCAAACCAAGCCAAACACCCUAGAUCCAUUUGCAGACAUAGGCAACCUGGGAGGAAACCUUGGAGGAGGUUCUGGCUUCAACAGCAAACCAACCACUCCUACUGGAGCAACACCCUCUUUUCCUCCCAUGGGCUCCCCAUCGAGGCCUCCUCCAUCGCCCCAGCAUGCAGGAGGGUGGCAGCCUCAUGCAGGAGGAGCCAGCUUUCCUUCUUGGCAGGCAGGUGCUGGAGGCAAUGUCGGUUGGCAAGGACAAGGCCCUGCCCCACAGCCAAAGCCCAGCCCCAGCCACACCUCCAUGCCUCACACGUCACCUCAGAACAGGCCCAACUACAACGUCAGCUUCUCUGCAAUGGGAGGAGGCUCGCCCAGUGCUGCCGCUAAAGCACAAGCUGCCAUGGGUUCUAAGCCAAAGGCCUCACAUGCCAACUUUGAUGACUUGCUGUCCGGUCAAGGCUUUGCAGGGACCAAAGAGAAGAAAGGGCCCAGGACUAUUGCAGAGAUGAGGAAGGAGGAGAUGGCCAAAGAGAUGGACCCUGAAAAACUAAAGAUUCUGGACUGGAUUGAGGGGAAAGAGCGUAACAUCCGUGCCCUGCUGUCCACCAUGCACACUGUGCUGUGGGAGGGAGAGACACGCUGGAAGCCUAUGGGCAUGGCUGACCUGGUCACUCCGGAGCAGGUCAAGAAGGUGUACCGCAAAGCAGUUCUGGUCGUCCACCCAGACAAGGCGACAGGACAACCGUAUGAACAAUAUGCCAAGAUGAUUUUCAUGGAACUAAAUGACGCCUGGUCAGAAUUUGAUAGCCAAGGACAAAAACCUCUGUACUGAGCAAACGGUGCGAGAAAAUAAACAGGGAAAGGCAAAUCCCCGUCAAUGAAUUCACGAAAUAAUUUGCAGCCACUGGUCCAACAUACAGCCACGCCCUUCAACAUCCGCCUUUAUACCUGUGCUUUGACCCACACUUCUUUCUCUUCUGAUCUGUAAAGACGACAGGACUGCUGUGCUCAGAAACAGUGAACUGCACAAACGACCCCCCCCCCAAGCUCUCACCUACUGUAUGUAUGUGGUGCAACAUGUGUGUCCUCUCUUGUUGAGUGUCCUUAUCAAACCACUAAUCAAAGCAGAGUCACCGGGACGACUAGGAGAACAAGACAAAUGUUUGAUUGAGAGGAGACGGAACAUCAGAGACGAAGGACGUCGAGCAAGAUAAGAGUGAAACACAUCAGGGAGUGGCAUGAACAAACACUUCACAGACGGCUUUAACUGCAAGAUUGUCUUUGAGUAUCUGCAACAGGCAUUUAACCGCUAUAUGUUUUGCUUGAAAAGUAGAUUUUGUUUAGUUGUUUAUGGGGAAAUCACAUCCACGAUCAGCUCUGUCACAUCAAGUCCAGAUUUUUCAGAAAAUAAGCAGCAGCACCAGGUUAUGGUGUAUUUUUAACUUGAGUCAAAUGACAUGGAAACAUGACAAAACAUGUUUCCUAUCAAAAAUAACAAUAAUCUCUUCAAUCUUGAAAUGAGUUUGGCAGAAAUAGAGGAAAUGGAAGCAGACGAUUACUGGUUUUGAAUAUGUCUUGGCUUCAAUGCCAAUGAGCCAAAACUCUAUUCAAAAUAAUAACAAAACAACUAAAACGAUGUUUAGGAGAGCUGCUUAACAUGACUGUGUCUGAAUCGUAUUUGCAAAGAACUGGGAGAUUGAACAGUAUAUUUUUGGAUUAGCACAUGUACAGUUCCAUUGCGGAAGCACUUUUUCAGCCUCUUUCAAAUUCACUCACACGGUACUGUAUGUUUUACACAGAUCUCUAUGAAAGCACAAACUGACAACUUCACUCAGUGCAGCUUUGAAGAAAAAUUGUGGUUAUUUAUUCUUUUAUUAGCUAGUUUUCUUUUCUCUUUUUUGUCGGGCCCGUGAAACAGGAAUAAUGUGUUGGCCUAUAUUGCAAAUUUUAGUUUGUAGUGUCUUUUUCUCAGCAGACUGCAGAGGUCGCAUGAAUGCAGAGGUCUCAAACAUGCAUAAAGUUAUCAUGAAAACAAUUGGCAUAAACUACUCCCCCCCCAACACAUAAGGAUAUAUUUAUCAACGCAAUACAUGUACUACACAUUUACUGUCUUAAUAAGUUAUUUUUUUAAUUUAUGUUAUUUAUUUCAGUCUGUGUUAUUUAAAGAUUAAUUUUGCACCAUAAAUGUGUUUUUAUUGUGAACUAUAUAGUUUUAUAUCAAAACAAAGACUUAUACUUUGAAAUACUGUGAAAGAUCAUCAUGAAUAACAACUGCGAUAUCAUUGUGACACUGAAACUUGACUAAACAUUCAAUGACACCCAGGAUAUAGGAGUUUGAGACCCCUGCACUAAUGUGUGUAAGCAAUACAACAAUUAAGUUCCUCGGUGCAUCACAAGGUGUGGGUUUAUUUUACAGACAUUAAUUUUAUUUGACAGAUUGUGUUGGAGUGACUUCUGUAUCUCACAUUCCCAAUUUCACUCAAGUCCAACAUAUUGUAGGUUGUAUCUGUUGUCAUUACAAUAGAUUUAUCAAAACUAUUUUCUUUACAACAAUUAUAAAAUGUUCUUUUCUUUUUUGUAAGUUAAAUAAUUUAUACUCCAUGUUAACUGUACAGCACUGUGUGUUAUGUGUGGCAGGUGCAGAGAGCAGGUGUGACCUUGAGCCUACAUCUUUCCACAUAAUUUCAAUAACUUUCUUAAUGAUGCGAUUGUUCCUCUGUAUUUUUAUUUUCUCUCCUGCCUUUGGACCAUGUUUUAAAUUAACAUAUUUCAGUGUCAAAUGUGCAAAAAUGAAAAUAUAUGUAUUUGCAAAUUGGAAGAGAAGCAGUUCUGCAAUUUCCUGGCAGCUUUACUUUUAUUAUCAGUUGAAAAAUUGUCAAUUUUAAACAUUCUGAUCAUGAACCUUUUAAGUGCUUUUAACUGUUUUCACGCUCUCUGUUUUCUGAAUGUCUUCAGUUCUUCAUAGACAUCAUAAUGUCUUUUGUCUUGACUGGAAUUUGUUCUUUUUCCACCUGCUUUGGAAUAUAGACCACAACAAAAAGAGCGACUGAUAUAAAGUGCUGUUUCCUUGACUGGUUUGGAGCUUAGGUGUGGAUCAUUUAAGGAGGAAAACUGUGUUUUGACUGAAGUGGGUUUCCAUCAGAGGAUGCUAACGAAGAACAUGUACUCUCUUUGGAUUCUCCAGACACAGGGAGAGUGUAAGUUUGUGCUUUUGUGCCCCAUUUACUUUGAGGACCUACAUGUGAAAUAAUCCCUCAUUGACUGACUUCUCUACCUGCAAUCUUACGGCUGUGUUUAAAGGCUAAUCUCGGUAUUGUAGUCAAUGGAUGUGUGUUGUUGUGGUAUGUAUGAAAAAUGUUGAAAAAAAGACUUGAAUACAGACGACUGUAGGUUAUGUGUUUGCCUGUCUGCUGUUCCAAGUAUUACUAAAAAUGUGUAAAAAAAAAACAAAAAAAAAAACAUGUUUCUGUUUACGGUUACAGGAUGUACAUAAUGAUCAAGUGCAGUGCACAAAAAUAAAUAGUGAACAGAAAACUCAA